AUGGAGCGAAAUCCCGACAGUGCCUAUGGGGCGUCUCUGCUCCCAACGCAUAACCCUGGUGCCCCGAGGGUAUCGACACCUUUCGGCGAGGACAGCGAUGGCCGCCGAUCUCCCUCGCCACGCCACAUGAGAACAUCGUCUGCCCAGUCUAGGAGCAUGGCAGACGAAUACUCCUUCCUGACCCCGGCCGAAACAGCUGCCAAGCUGCAGACCUCGCUGAAGUACGGGCUCUCGCCGAGUGAAGGACUGAACAGACUGCGCGAUGGACCAAACGAGAUCCCCCAUGAGGAGCCGGAACCCCUGUGGCUGCGCUUCCUCGGCCAGUUCAAGGAGCCACUCAUUCUUCUCCUGCUGGCAUCGGCUGGCGCGUCUAUACUGCUUGGAAACGUGGAUGAUGCCGUGAGUAUAACUGUCGCCGUCACGAUCGUCGUCACCGUCGGCUUUGUGCAAGAGUAUCGCUCAGAGAAAUCGAUCGAGGCCCUGAACCAUCUCGUUCCCGACCAUGCGCAUCUGAUCCGGAGCCAGCCCUCCUCCAAGGGGCCGCUGGGCACCCGAACUCCCAAUCACUGGCCCCACGGCGCUGAAGACAAAGGAGGUCUGGAAGAUUCGGUCGGGUCGCUGGACGGCGCCCCGCCUGAAGAAGUGCUCGAGGCGUCGUCUGCCAAGGUCAUGGCCGCGACUCUCGUCCCUGGAGAUCUGGUGCUGUUCACUACGGGGGACCGUAUACCGGCUGACAUACGAGUCACCAAGGCCGUGGACUUGACAAUUGAUGCUUCAAAUCUUACUGGAGAAAAUGAGCCGGUCCGCAUCACCAGCGAUGCCCGGUCGCGGAACAUGCUUUUCCCAGCCGGCCCUGGCGCAUCGACACUUCAGCUUCCAAAUCCCUCGUUUGCAUCCCAGCCCGGCCAAGAAGGCGCACAAAAUGGGAGUGAUGCCUCUCAAGACGCUAAAAACAUUGUCUACAUGGGCACCUUGGUCAAGUCGGGACAUGGUCAAGGCAUUGUCUAUGCUACGGGCGGCAAUACCCUCUUCGGCACCAUCUCCCUCAGCGUCUCCGGCACCGAGAGCCCCCGCUCUCCCCUGCAACUGACCAUGGACGAUCUCGGCGCUCAGCUGAGUAAAUUCUCCUUCGUUGUCAUUGGUCUGAUAUCCAUGGUUGGGUGGUUGCAAGGCAAGGCCUUCCUCGAUAUCUUCACCAUCUCCAUCUCGCUCGCCGUCGCCGCAAUUCCCGAGGGCCUGCCCAUCAUCGUUACUGUCACCUUGGCCCUGGGUGUCCAUCGCAUGGCGAGACGCAAUGCUAUCGUUCGCAAGAUGCCCAAGGUGGAGACACUCGGCUCUGUCAAUGUGGUUUGCACAGACAAGACAGGCACCUUGACGAUGAAUCAUAUGACUACAACGAAGAUGUGGUACUUUGGCCGUGAUCAAUCUGCCGACGUUGACUCGGACGACGAGUUCACAGAAGCGUCGCCAGACCCUGCCACUCUGAGAAUACUUCGCAUUGGCAACAUUGCAAACAACGCUCGCCUGGCUCACAAAUACACCGAGAACGGGGCAGCUGCAAGGAGCGUCUUGGCAUCGACCCAAGGCCGUGACGAGACCAACUUUGGCUACACACGCUGGGUCGGACAGCCGACCGAUGUCGCCAUGCUAGAUCUCCUGGACAGAUUCAAGGAGCAUGAUGUGCGCGACUCGGUUGGGCCUCGUACGAACGAGACUCCUUUCAGCUCUGAACGGAAAUAUAUGGGGGUGACCAUUGGCAGCGAAGGUUCCAAAGGCGAGCGGGAUUUUGCCUAUGUCAAAGGGGCGCUCGAUAGAGUCAUUGGCCUCUGCGACACAUACAUCAAUGGAGAUGGCCGCGAAUUUGUUAUGGACUCUAACCGCCGCAAAGAGGCCCUGGAUGCGGCUGAAAGGAUGGCGUCCGUCGGGCUGCGUGUGCUUGCUUUCGCCAGUGGCCCAGUUGCGCGUUCCGCCCGCGCGAAGGGCAGUGCCACGCCGACCACUCGAAGCAGCACGCCCGGUGCCGACGCCCACGACGAUCUGUACAAGGGCCUCACUUUUGCCGGGCUGGUCGGCAUGAGCGAUCCUCCCAGGCCGGGCGUGGGUCGCUCCAUCCGGAAGCUCAUGCGUGGCGGGGUCAAAGUGAUCAUGAUCACAGGCGAUGCAGAGACGACUGCCGUCGCCAUCGGCCGACAACUCGGCAUGUCCAUCGCCACGCCCAGAGAGCACGCCGGCAACCAAGCCAGCGUGAGGCCUGUGCUCCGCGGCGACGAGGUCGACGACAUGUCUGAGGAAGACCUCGCCCAGGCCAUGCAGACGACCACUAUCUUUGCGCGCACCAACCCGGACCACAAGAUGAAGAUUAUCCGCGCCCUCCAGUCUCGAGGCGAUAUUGUCGCCAUGACGGGCGACGGAGUCAACGACGCCCCCGCGCUCAAGAAGGCAGACAUUGGCAUCGCAAUGGGCCGGCACGGCACCGAUGUGGCCAAGGAGGCCGCGGACAUGAUCCUGACCGACGACGACUUCUCUACCAUUCUGCAUGCUAUCGAAGAGGGCAAGGGCAUCUUCAACAACAUCCAGAACUUCUUGACAUUCCAACUGAGCACAAGUGCUGCCGGACUCUCCCUCGUCCUGCUCUGCACGUGUCUUGGAUUCAAGUCGCCCCUAAACGCCAUGCAGAUUCUCUGGAUCAAUAUCAUCAUGGAUGGCCCUCCAGCCCAGUCUCUAGGUGUCGAAGCAGUGGACAAGGACGUAAUGAACCGGCCGCCUCGAAAGCGUAACGAUCCCGUGUUGACUCGAGCUCUCGUUAUGCGUGUCAUGCAGUCUGCCUUCAUUGUCAUGUUCGGCACCAUGAUGGUGUACACGCACGAGAUGCUCGAGGACCGCGAGGUCACUCGUCGUGACACGACUAUGACGUUUACCUGUUUCGUCCUUUUUGACAUGUUCAACGCGCUGGCCUGCCGCUCCGAAUCCAAGUCUGUGCUGCGGGGAGAGGUUGGACUCUUUGACAACAAACUCUUCAACUGGGCCGUCUCUCUGAGCCUUAUCGGCCAGCUGCUCGUCAUCUACUUUCCUUUAUUGCAAGAGGUCUUCCAGACCGAGGCCCUUGGGUUCUUUGACUUGGUACAAUUACUCACCAAUUCGAUCAUACCUCCUGGUCACGACCUCCACCGGCAAAGGCACUCGAGGAGCUAUGCGCCGCCACCAGGACAGGCCGCCACUCCAAUGUCUGCCCUCCCCAAUGGCGUCUCCUCCACCGCUGCCGCUUCCCCUUCGAAAAUGCCGGGCAACAAAUCAGACCCUGCGCUGAAGCCCAUCGGUGCUGCCGCGUCUUCUCCCGCCGCCGCGGACCCUGCCAGCGCCCUUCACUCCGCGACCUCGACGUCCGAUGUCCGUGCCGCCCUCGCGGCCCUGCACGCCCACGAAGAUGAGCUGACAGCCCGCCUCGACGGGCUCCGGGCCUCCCACGCCGACCUCAACCGCGACCUGCUGCGGCUCGACUCGCUGCGCGCCGCGCUCGGGUCGCAGGUCAUCGUGACCCGCGGCAUCUCCAACACGAUGCUCGCCUCGGCCGCCGACACGGCCGGUCGGCUCUCGUCGAGCGUGCGCGCGCUCGACCUCGAGAAGUCGCGCGUCGAGGAGACGCUGCGGGUGGUGGAGCAGGUCGCCGAGCUCAAGGCCUGCGUCGCCGGCGUGGUGGGCAGCAUGGGCGCGCCGCAGGACUGGGAGGCCGCGGCGGGCUACAUCGCCCGCGCGUCGAGGAUACCGGACGAGAUCGUCAGGAGCGGCUUCGCCAACGCCGUGGUGCCCACCGUCGAAAUCCCCGACGCGCCCUCGGAGACGCUCGAGGAGGCCAGGGAGAGCCUGUGCGGGCUGUUCCUGCGCGAGUUUGAAAAGGCUGCCAAGGAGGGCGACGGGGCCAAGGUCACGCGCUUCUUCAAGCUGUUCCCGCUGAUCGGCAGGGGCGACGUCGGCCUCGACGUCUACGGGCGCUACGUCUGCCAGGGCGUCGCGGGAGAGGCGAGGGCGGUGCUCAAGGAGAACUCUACGCUCGCCGGCCAGACACGCAAGGACGGCUUCUUUUACGCCAACGCCCUCACGAGAUUGUUCGAGCACAUUGCGCGCAUCGUCGAUGCCCACGGCGGCCUGGUCGAGAGGCACUACGGCUCGGGCAAGAUCAUCAAGGUCAUCGAGCGCCUGCAGAUGGAGGCCGACGUCCAGGGCGGCAUCAUUCUGGACUCGUGGAGCGACGAGCGCGCUGUCGAGAGAAAGAUCACUGACGUCCGGAGUUACCCCUUCUCCUUCCUCGUACAGAGCUUCGUAUCGCAGCAUAGAGGUCCGCUCGGCACGUCGAGAGUGAACUCGCCCGCUCUAGGGGGCGGAGCGGAUAAGCCUCGUGAUAGCGAGGAUGAAGGCGUCAAUAUGAAGGAAGUGGACGGUCUCCUGAAUGAGAUCGCCGCCAUGCUGGGUAAAUGGGCGCUGUACACCCGAUUCCUAGCGAGCAAAUGCAAGGACCCUGAUGCUUCGGCUGACGCCGCCUAUGGCAUACCAUCCCUGAUUACCAAAUCGAAUCUGCACCGCAAGGUGGCUACAAAGCUCAUUGCCCCCUAUGAAUCGAUGAUGGCAUUCUACUUUAGAAGAUCGGUCGAGAAGGCUUUCCAGCUGGACGAGAUGCCCAGUGGCCUCUCCCUGACCAUGUCCAGACCAAUCGACAGCAACCCUCCCUACAUCAUCUCAGCCGUUGACGACGUCAUGUACAUUGUCAGUGCCGUCAUCAGGAAGUCUCUUUCAACAUGCCAGAGAGACGUUGUCGCCUCUAUUAUCCCGGCCAUCGGCAGGAUCCUGAGCUCGGACUUUGUCGUCAUGAUCCAAAAGAAGAUGCGUGACGAGUAUUAUCCCAAGCCAGUAGUCCGGGACGGUCUGCCCCCAGAAGACAAGGUCAUUGGCUUCAUCGUGCUCAACAACACCCUCGACAUGGCCAACGAGUACCUAUCCCGCAUCAUCUCCGGCCGACUGGGUGUCUCGCCUGACCAGCCGACCCUCCCCGACAUCAGCACUUCGCCCCUCAAGGAGUUCUUCCCCUUUGAGCAGGACAUCGCGCUCGUGACGUCCUGGCUCAACAACCUCAACACCAGCUUCCAGGCCAAGACGACCGAGCUCCUCAACGACGGCCUCACCGCCCUCUUCAACAACGUCAUCCGCGCGCGCCUCCGGCCCGUCCUGCAGGAGACGUUUCGCGACGCGGACUACUCCCUCGCCGAGGACGAGCUCGCCGAGCUGGCGGCGCAGAACUUUGACGGCGACGAGGAGCAGCUGCUCGAGCAGGUGCCCCGGCGCUUCGAGCACGGCUGGGACGCCCUCAUGCGGCCCAUCGCGCGCCUGGCCACGCCCUCCACCUUCGCGACACUGCUCGACCUGACGGCCCGGCACCUGGCCCGCGUGCUCGAGAAGCGCGUGUGGAGCUACGGCGGGCGCACCAGCGCCUACGGCGCGAUCCGCAUGGAGCGCGACUUCAACGGCGUCGUGGCCACGGUCGCGCGCGAGAGGUACGGCGUGCGCGAGCUCUUUGCGCGCACGUCGCAGGUGCUCAUGGUGGCCAACAUGGAGGAGGACGAGUGGGAGGAGCUCGCUGGCGAGAGCGCCGACGACGACGACGGGAUGGUGUGGCACAUCACCGAGGAGGAGAGGAGGAAGGCGAGGACGCUGGUUCGAGACUAG